GCCAACUUGUUUCCAUAAAAGACAUCAUAUUAAUUCCAGAGAGCCCUCCUUCAAAAACACCUGUAGAAGCAUAAUUCAAUUUUGAGUCAACUUUGACACCUUUUGACCAUUGCUUUCAUUUCAAUAUCAUUCAUGACGAAAUUCCAAAAUCAUUCGCAUUAUUCCAUGUAAAAGUGCGGAUCAAAACUUCCAGACACCCAAAAAAACCCGAGUGAUAGACAAAGAAAAGAUGGCAGAAGAUGAAAACAGAACGCUUGAAGUAACACCAACAUGGGCAGUCGCUACUGUCACUUUCAGUUUAAUCGCAGUUUCAAUUCUCAUCGAACAUGUUCUCCAUCUAUUAGCAAAGUACUUCAACAAGAAACGAAGGAAACCUUUGAUCAAAGCACUUGAUCGGAUUAAAUCAGAGAUGAUGAGAUUAGGGUUCUUAUCGUUGUUGCUGAUUGUGUGUGAGGAGUCUGUCGCUAAUAUCUGUAUCCCAAAGAGCGCUGGAAAAAACUUUCUACCUUGUGAAGAUCAUGAAUUUGAUGCCGAAGAGGCAGCGAAAUGUGCAGAUCAGGGGAAGAUAUCUUUGAUUUCAAGAAAUGGAGUACAACAACUUCAGUUCUUAAUAUCGAUUCUUGCAAUCUCCCAUGUCAUUUCUAGCAUCUUAACAUUCAGUCUUGGUAUGCUCAAGAUGAGAAAUUGGGAGGCUUGGGAGGAAAUAACUAGAACAUUGGAGUACAAAUAUUCAAACGAUCCACGAAGGUUCCAAUUUGUUCAUCAAACAUCAUUUGGAAAGCGACAUCUAAGGUUUUGGAGCGGACUCAGGUUGUUUCGUUUGCCGGCUAGUUUUCUUCGACAGUUCUAUGGAUCUGUCUCCAAAGUGGAUUAUUUCAUCCUUCGACAUGGAUUCAUUAUGGCUCAUUUUGAUGAAGAAACCACUUUUGAUUUCCAGAAGUACUUGCGAAAAGCAUUAGAAAAAGAUUUUGGCGUAGUUGUAGGAGUAAGCCCUUGGAUUUGGGCUUUCUCAAUGCUAUUCAUUUUCUUGAGUGCUGAUGAAUUUAAAUACUCUUAUUGGAUUCCUUUGAUGCCUUUAGUGGUAUUGUUGGUGGUUGGGACAAAACUACAAGGCAUUGUAACAAAGUUGUGCUUGGAUACAAAUGAUAAAUCCCUUGUUGUUAAAGGAACUUUAGUGAUUAAGCCAAGUAAUAACUUCUUCUGGUUUAAAACUCCAAAACUACUUCUCCAUCUUAUUCACUUCGCUUUAGUUCAGAAUUCUUUUCAAUUGGCAUUCUUUGUUUGGACUUGGCAUAAAUUUGGACUGAAGUCAUGCUUCCAUCGAGAAACUUCGGGAAUUGUCAUACAUAUUGGUAGUGGGGUUGUGGUUGAGUUGCUUUGUGGGUAUGUAACGUUGCCACUUUAUGCAUUGGUUACUCAGAUGGGAACAUCAAUGAGGAAAGCUCAUGUUUUCCCACAGGAAGUGAUACGAGGACUCCAAAGAUGGAAAAAGAAAGCAAAGGCAAACAUAGCUCAAAGAUACAAGACUUCACUCAAGUCUUCAACUAUCAUUGGUGGUUCCUUAUCACUGGGGUUCGAUGGAGAAUUUGAUGAAAUCACAGUCGUGGAUGAAGAUGAUGAGGAUGUUUCCAUGGAGAUCCAACCUGAUAGUUUUCAUUUUAGCCAUCGUUCACAAUGAGUUUAUUGUGAGUUUAGAAAUAUGUACAAAAAAUUAGAUCAUCAUUCUACUAAUAGUUUUGAAACAUUUCUAAUAUAUUAAUUAGAUAUGUAAUCUAAAAAGUAAGAUAAAAAUGUUGAUGGUCAACUUAAGUAGGUCCAAUCUAUUUUGGAUUUUGACAUGUUAAUUUCUUG